AUGAGUCUCUGCAAAUGGGUUUCCUUUCUUUUGAUCAUUCACUUACUCAGCUCGUCUCAGAUUUCAUCUUCCUCUCCCUUAACCUCAAAUGGGUUUUCACAAAUCCCUCCAAAGUUUCUUGCUUUAGCCAAAAGAAACGAUUUUUAUGAGUGGAUGGUUGGGAUCAGAAGGAGAAUCCACGAGAACCCAGAGUUGGGUUACGAGGAAGUAGAGACGUCUAAGCUCGUUAGGACAGAACUGGAGAAGAUGGGUGUGUCUUAUAAGUACCCAGUUGCUGUUACUGGUGUUGUUGGGUAUGUUGGAACUGGUCAAGCUCCUUUUGUUGCAUUAAGGGCAGAUAUGGAUGCACUUCCUAUGCAGGAAAUGGUGGAAUGGGAACACAAGAGUAAGGUUCCAGGGAAGAUGCACGCUUGUGGACAUGACGCUCACACUACCAUGCUCUUAGGUGCUGCAAAGUUGCUCAAAGAGCACCAGGAUGAGCUACAGGGUACUGUGAUUCUAGUUUUUCAACCAGCUGAGGAAGGAGGAGGAGGUGCAAAGAAGAUUGUGGAAGCAGGAGUUUUGGAGGAUGUGAGUGCAAUCUUUGGUUUACAUGUUACAAAUCAAUUGGGGUUAGGUCUAGUGAGCUCAAGAGAAGGUCCACUGUUGGCUGGUAGUGGCUUUUUCGAAGCUAAGAUUAGCGGGAAAGGAGGUCAUGCAGCUCUUCCUCAACACGCCAUAGAUCCGAUACUGGCAGCUUCAAACGUUAUCGUUAGUUUACAACACCUCGUUUCACGAGAAGCAGAUCCUUUAGACUCGCAGGUAGUUACAGUUGCUAAAUUUGAAGGUGGUGGUGCUUUUAAUGUGAUUCCAGACUCUGUUACCAUCGGUGGAACAUUCAGAGCCUUUUCAGCUCAAAGCUUUACACAACUCAAGAAAAGAAUUGAGCAGGUCAGUAGCUUGAGACUUUUGUCUUCCUUUUGA